GGCCUGACCCAGACUCUAUCUCCAGCGGCCCCCAGUUAAUUUGAGUUUGAGACCCCUGCCCUAGUGUCUCUAAUUCUGUGAUCUCUUUUUGUGGGAGUUUCCAUGUUUGUGAUUAUGUUUUUAUUUAACAUUGAUUCAUCUUUUAGAUGACACAUACAAAUGUGUCUGGAGCGGAAAAGAAAAUGGCUUCUCAGUGGGCUCGUGCAAACAGUGCAGAGAAGGAGGUGCCCCACACUCGCAUUGAGGAUGAAUCCAGUAUACAGAAAAUCUAUUCCUUUGGGAGGAAAUUAGGUCAAGGCAACUUUGGCGUCGUUUGCGAAGCCACUCACAUUGAGACGCAGACGAAGUGGGCAAUUAAGAGGGUGAACAAAGAGAAGGCAGGCACUUCUGGUGUGAAACAUCUGGAAAGAGAAGUCAGCAUCAUGAAACAAGUGAAACAUGAACAUAUAAUACAUCUGGAGGAAGUCUUUGAGACACUAAAGAGGAUGUACCUCGUGACUGAACUUUGUGAAGGAGGCGAUCUAAAGGAUCUCCUGCAGAAGAAAAAGCACUUCACCGAGGAGGAGACCAGACACAUCAUCAAAAGCUUGCUUGAAGCUAUUGUAUAUCUCCACAAAAAAGACAUUGUACAUCGUGACCUCAAACUGGAAAACAUUCUUGUGAAGAGUUGUCACCAAGGCAACGAUAACGAUAUGGUCAAUAUCAAGGUCACAGAUUUUGGACUCUCUGUGAAGAAGGGUGGUGUGGGCAGUGAAAACAUGCUUGAGGCCACUUGUGGGACACCUAUGUACAUGGCACCUGAGGUGGUUAAUGGCCACCAAUACAGCCAACAGUGUGACUUGUGGAGCAUCGGCGUCAUCAUGUACAUGCUUUUGUGUGGAGAGCCUCCAUUUAUAUACAGCUCUAAGGAAAGACUUUCUGAGAUGAUUAUGAAAGAGCUCACUUUCUCCGGCCCUGUGUGGAACACCAUUAGUGAUGCCGCCAAAAAUGUAAUACGGUGUUUGUUGAAAGUUGACCCAGCUCACCGCAUCACAGCCAAUGAGCUGCUAGAUAACCCUUGGAUUUCGGGGGACACCUCAACCACGGUUACACAGACAAACGUCUUAGUGAUGAUGCGUCAGGAGAUGAUGCGUAAGUUACGGAAUGCUCCAGUGGACGAAGAGAGUGUGGGAAUAAACGAGGCACUGGACAACUUCUCUCUCACUCCUUCUGAGGACAAAGGGUCAGGGCCGAGAACUGCUGAAGAACUCUCAGUAUCCCUAGCACAUCCUGAUGACAUCAAAGAUAGCAACAGUGGCAGUAAACCCUUUAUCCCAAACAAGAAGCCUCUGAAGAAAAAACUAUCAGCCUCAUCCUCUAAUGGUGUUAAGAAGUGUGUGUCUAGUGCAAAGGCCUGCAACACUCCUAAUACAUCCACUGCACAGUCCCACACAGGUAACAAACCCCCUGCUCAGCCAAGCACAAAAAGCUACAGCAAGGCCUCCUCCAUCUCGGGAUCCUGUCUCAAAACAUCAUCGGUAGAAGCACCCGCUGCAGCAUCCAACUCAAGCAGGCGCGAAAUCUUGUCCCCACGUCCCUCCACCUCUUCUAUCCACCGUUCCACCAAUCCAGCUGUUGGUUUCCGGGCUAAAAAACGCAGCUAGACAUCACAGUUUCAACCAGUGCCAAAGAUGAGGAAUUCCUGGGGGUCACUGCGACGUGGUAGGCCCACUGGAUACACAAAUGACUUUUUAAGCCAAAACAAUGAAUCAAAAGUAAAAUUGUACUUCCUCCAAUGUGAAUGUGUUUUUAGUCUCCUUAAUAGGAUGUAUGUUAUUGGAUAUUUUGUUAGAGGAUGAGCCGCUAGGUUGUUGAUGCUUUAUUUUUAUGGACCUGGAACAGAUGAAGUCAUCGCUACAAGAGCCCUGCAUGGCACGAGAUCGAUUUGCCUGUUCAUGGCAUCUAAUGUAAGGUGCAUAAGUCGUCUUGAAGCACUUUGAAAUGCUAUUAGGGACUAAAUUAUCUAUAGAGAAUAAAGGAAGUUUAGGACUGUGAAGAAUAUAACAGGGUUUAAUAGCUUUAGCUCUGUUAAAUAGGCAAUAACAGAGUAAUUUGAUGCAAUAUUCAAGCAGCAAAUGCCACAAUAGUAACAGCUAUCUUGAUGGACUUCAGGUUUUCUCUCGAUUCAUUUUUACAAAGGCCUGCUGUUUCCUCCGCAGUUGUGUUGAUCACACUGGUCAUCAUUUGCCAAAUCACAUCAGGAAGCUGUUGUAUAUUGUUAUCCAUUAAAAUGAAACCUUCCAA